GACUUGGUGCGUGUUUUCUCUGGUGUAUACGUAAUGGUGUGUUUUUUACUCGGGAAUUGCGGAAGUUUGAAGGAAUUUUGCUUUACAAAGGACGUGGACAAUUUUCUUAUUGCUCAUUAACACUGCCAAAAGCGAGUGAAGGAGAGAAAGGUCAACCGCAACCUCUGUGCCCCAGUGAAACCUCGCAGCAAACGGGAUUGAUUGCUUUGGCUUCUUCGAUUUCAGUAUCAGCCAAUAAUAUCGUAUACCCUUUGUAAAGUUACAUUAUCGGACAAAAGAAUCUGGGCUUAUUCAGGGGUUCUUGGAGUAGAAGUAGAGUAUUAACCCAGUGUUGUGUUCAACAGCAAGUGUGAGUCAUCCAUAAUGUCAAGCAAGCCACCGAAUCGGAAACAGUCUUACGAGGAGCGUGCUAGUCCUUAUGCCGAAAUCACGAGAAUCAGCAGCGAUCAAGAGAGCAGAGGAUGGCAGAACGAUAUGUUGCAAGCUUUAAAGCGGAAUGCUACUCCCGAGCCAAUUCGCUUAGCAUGUAUGACUAACUUGCCUUCGAGGCCCUCCUUUUUUCAGGAAGAGUUCCAUGGCCGAAUUCCACGGGAGAAAGCAGAGGAACUACUCUCUGCAAAUGGCCCAGUCAACGGGCGAUACUUAGUCCGCGAAAGUAAUAGUUCUCCAGGUGAUUAUAGCCUGUCAUUAAGUUACGAUGGCCGUAUUUUGCAUUACAGAUUAAAAUAUGAAAAUGAAAGAUACUUCACUGAUGAGAAGGAAUCCAAAUGUUACACGUCGAUCACCGAUCUUGUUGUAGAUGUGCUGAGCAUGUACCGUUUGGUACAUAAUGUUGGUGGACGUGUACCGAAAGAAGAGAAGAAAAAAACAAAUUCCUUUCCCCACUUAUUUAAGCCCCAUAGCUACAAACAUUUCAAAUGGUGUGCUUUUUGUGGGGGAUUCUUAUGGGGACUUAGAGAUCAAGGAAUGAAAUGUGAGGGAUGUGGCCUCGAUGUUCAUGGACGCUGCAUGAAGCAUGUGGGUGAAGAGUGUACUAAAAAGUUGCCUUUAAAAGAAAAGAAAGAGCCGCGUAGAAAAUUUGUUCCCAUUAGCUCAAGAACAAAGAGUGUUUCCAACGAAAUAUUCAAGCCUACAUGUGAGUAUCAAGAGAGCUGUAUUCGUUUCCUUACUCAUUUGAAUAUUCCUUCACAAUAUUUUGCGGUUGAUGCUCUGAAUCCGUGUUAUUGUGAAGAGUGUUGUGUUGAUGUUGACACCCCACUGUGUAAAACGGGUGAUCCACCUCAAAUGUACUCCCUGCCAACUGGAUGGUGUCGCUUUCAGCUUGCACCUGUCUGUAGUGAGGCUGAAAGUGAUAUCAUAUCAUCAACUUGGAACUUGGCAUUUUUGUCACUGGACCCAGAGGAAGUAACAGAAAUUUUACGGUCAAAGUUUACGGAAAACCGGUCAAAUGAUUCAAGUCAAGAAGGAUCCAAACCUCUCAUCAAGUUGACUCCUUCCAUUAUCUGUGCAGAUUUGGAUGCUCGUAAGCUAAGGUAUGCUGAUAGUGACAGUGGGGAGAGCAAAGCUGGCCAAGUUGUAUUGCAGGCUUACAUUGAGCCUUAUUCCUACCAAAUGAUGCGCAGACCAGGAUCAACAGAAGAAAUUGAUCCUUAUUUUAAGAUGGACUCUAUUUACUGGGUGACAAGGCAAGCUCUAUCUAUAAUACCAUUUGCACUGCUUGUAAAAACCAUGGAUGCAACUUACCUUAAAUUAUAGAUUUCAGCAAUCUUUAUGGGUCCCUUGGUAUAGUACCUGUAAACAAAAUUUCUUCUGUUUGAUUGGCUGAAAUCUGUUGUAUUUCAGCAUGUCCUAGCUUAUGAAAAUUUCUUAGGUAGCAUAAACAAAGUUUUGAUGUCAUGAUGUGUUUUGAUAUGUGACCAGUGAUUUUGUUACCUCUUCGUCCUGCAUCCCUGACACAUAAAAAUCCCCAAAGAUGCAAAUAAUUCAUGGCGUGCGUCCUGUAGGACGCAAAGAUUGAUCAGUCGAUAUAAACAUCUGUAUUUGUAGAAAUAUCCGGCCCAUGCAUGUAAUAACUCUGUAAUUUCUGUGGCAGUUAUUGUGGCUGUUGUUUAAUGAUGCAUAUUUCUUUUAGCCUUUGUUGUGCUUUAAAAUAGAAGGACUAUAAUUAUUUUAAUAUCAGUGUAGUGUAAUACAGAGUUUUUGAGUCUGUCAUCAGAUUAACUGUUAGGUUUCAUAAAAGCCCAGGAAUUUUCAAUUUUGGACAAUUUUUUAAACUGAGACUCACUGGUUCGGGACAGGGACUAAUGAUUUUUAACAAGAUGAGUCCCUGGGCUCACCACAACUAUUUGUAGCAAAAUCACUGGCAGAUUUUAUUGGUGACUUACCAUAAAACUCACAAAACCUUGAACACCAAAAAUCUUCUUUUCUGGAAUAUUGUUGUGUUGCAAGGUAAGAGUCAAUCAGUUGUUGGAAUACUAAUCUGCAAGUAGCGAUGGAAAUUGAUUUGUGGUGUUUUGGCUUGCCUGUAUGUCCUUAUCUUUGCUGUGAUUGGUCAUAGCGUAGUAAAGCUUCUCAAGGUAUUUCAGGUGUUCACGGUUUAUUUGUUUGACAGUAAAACCUUUCAGAUCUUUACAAGUAACACCUUGAAAGUACAUCAUUAAUUUGUCAGAUCAAAAUAGGCAAGUACACCUCAUGCAAUUUCCUUGUCCAGUUAUGCCAUUUUUUCAAAGUGGUGGCCAAUUCCAAACAGUUAGUUUCCAGGCUUUUGAAACAAAACAGAAAAUUGUUUUGCUCUGGUUAUUCCUUAAUGCCAGUGUAAAGCAUAUACAACAAAAUGUCCGGUCAGUCUCAAGAGAAGAAUAAGGCCCUGUUUAUAUGGAGCAAACUUGUCCCAGACUGAACGGUCACUCGCAUACCCGAGUUAUCCCCCAGCAAGCCAACUUUUCCUACAUUUCCGUAAAAAAAACGUGGCAAACUGUUUUCAUGAGAAACAAAAAGUUGGCUGGGCUGCAAGGAUGACCCUCCUAUCUGGGCCAACUUUACCCCCUUAUAGACCUUUUGGCUUGCCCUGUCGGGUCAACUCGGUCAAGGCAAGACAAUCAUAGUAUGUGCAAGCUCUCUUAGGUUGGGCUAAGGGUCAACAUUUUUCUCAUAUUGUCACAUAAAUGCUUGCUUAAAUUGAAGCUUUAAGCUGGGACAACUGUUCUCCAUAUAAACAAGGCCAAAGUGGCACAAGAAAUGAAACGGUGCCCUACAUGGAAAAUGUCAUUUUUUUCCUAAACAAACAAGGAUGUUAAUGUGUAAAAAGUAGAUGCUUUUGAGCCUGCAUUUGGCACCAUUUCAUGCUCUUAUUAAAUGAACUUAAAUAUUCCUUUUUCUCCGAAGUGGGUACAAUUUUAUGGCCUCGGUUUUCUCACAGUGAGAUCAGAUGUAACCAAUUUUAUUACAAGUGGUAACAAACAGAAUAAUAUUUGGGUAAAAGCAACCAUAAAUGAUUUUAUUAGCUUUAUGAAAGUAAACUUUAGUUACAUAAUCUUCAUGACUAAUAUUAUAUGUCUCAAAGGGGCAGUGGGGUUGGUGCAUUAAUUUCUUUAAAUUUUUUUAAUGUUUUGGCUCCAAAUUAAAAUCUGAAUAAUUAGAAUACAUUGUAGUAAUACUAUUCCUUUCAUUUUGUUUUUCUUUUUUCCCUUUCCUUUCCUUGUUUAUCAUUAUCUGUUAGGUUUGGUGGAUUACUUUCAGUACUGUUGAAACCUUGAACUUGAAUGGGUAAACAAGGCAAACAGAAAACAGCUAGAAGGUUAUUACCAAGCUACCUAGCUUGGUGAUAACCUGGACUUCCGAGAACUGGGUCCUUUGUUUCUGAAAAAACAUGAUUUUGUGCUUUUGGGGAGUGAAAACUUUCCAAGAUUUUGUACAUAAUUUCUUUUUUUAUGAAGGUAAUAUUAUUUGGGUGGCUUUUGCUUUCCCAUUUAGCAAAGGUUACUAUGAGAUCACUUUGUGGCUUUGUUUGAUGUCUAAGUGUUUUCUGUCAUUAUUAUUGUUGUCUUAAAUUAACAACAUACAGUGUACCAGGUUGUUUGGAGUCAGUUCUUCUGUUAUGGGAGAGUUAUUUUGUAUAGUAAACAAUACAGAACUAAUAUCAGUACCACAAGCUCUAUUUUGUGACUGACACAAGUGAUCAGUAAAUGUUUUUAAACGUAACUAGGAUUGAACCAUUUCCUUUACAUCCAUAUAUGAGCACAUUAGGGGCUGGUUUUGCAUUUCUAAAUGUUCAUCAGAUAGGCUAAUAAUGAAUACCUUUUUGCAAAUCCCUGUCAAUAGUUUUCUAACAGAAACCUCAGUUUUUCUGUAACAAAAAAUGAUAUCAUUCCUCAAACUUAUUCAUGAGUGAUGGAGCUGUUUGUUUGUUUGCUUUAUACUCAUUGCAGUCUUCAAGAAGGUUCACUGAAACUGUUAAUAAUAUUAUAUCAAGGGACUAUUAUUGUCACUUAAGCUGUUUUAUACAUGCUGGAAAUUUAAGGUGGCUUAUAAAAAUAGAUGAAAUGUUCUGGUUAAAAUUUGCACAUACAAGUACCAUUAUUUUCACUGCUAUGAUGACCUGUUUUUAAUCAACACUGCUUGAAAAUAGAUUUUUGUCAAUCAAACAAUCUAAACUUGAAAGGUAGUGUAUUUCCAAGUGAUGCUGAUUUCAAAUGUUGCUAAGCAGUGAAAGUAAUGGUUAAGUCUGUCAUUGAUAUUGUUUAAGUGUAUUCAUGAGGCCCCUUCCCCCUCCCUGUCCCCCUUCCCCAGACUGAAUGGAGAAACAAAUUUAAAAUUAAUGUUACAGUGCUCUUUUGGGGGUGAAGAGGAACUUGUUCUACCGUUUGCUAAUGUUAAUUUUGUUUUAACUUUCUGUUGUCUGGACAUCUUGUUACCAUAUAACAGAAUUAAUAAGAAUGACGAAUAGACAAAGCUCAGCCUAUUCAAGACUUUAAUUACCGUGACCUAAAUAUUUGCGUAGUAUUUCAGAUUCUUCUGAGAUCUUUAAAACAACAUUGGAAGUUUGCAGAUUUUUUGUUUGAAUGGUAGCCUGCGUAGCAGAUGCUAGGAAAUAAAUGGGCCCAUCCUAGCACCUGUUACACAGGCUGUUUGAAAUGUAGUGAUUUAAAUGAAAUGUGUAGUUUUAGAGGAUCACAUCUAAUCAGUUUGUCAAAUAAUUAAAGCCCUCACCACAAAACAAUGGUUUUUGCAACACCGAGACAUGUCCAGUUUUGAUGACAGCACUAUUUUUUUAUUACAGUGAAAUUUUUUAAUACAUGUAAUUUUGGGCACCAAUAAUUGCAUAUCUUUCCCAGAAAUAGUUUGAAACCAAUGUAAGGAGCAAAAACAGUUGGUGAAAAAUCUUGGAGGGCUAGCUUACAGAAGUUUCAUUACAAUGUUUUUCAAAUUAUUGCUUUAGUAGCAUAGGAAAGUACGUUUUCAGGGAAAUAGACAUAAAAUAUCUGAAUUCUUGGUGAGGACACUUUUUCAACCAGGUUAUAAAUAAUUAUAUGAACAUGUUUCAAUGUUUACCCGUAUAAGUGUCACUGUCAUUAAGUCAAAGACAACAACUGCAUUAUUUUGUCAACUACUUUUGUUAGUGGAUGAUAAUAUAGAAAUUCCUAGCUUAAGUUUCUUUUACUGUUGUUAAGAAUAAUUGAUUAUAUUUUUAACAAGUAAUAUUUUUGUUUACUGCAUUGCAAAUUAACUAAUUUAUACAUGAUUUAGUAAUUUGAGGCUUUAUGAUAGAGAAAUGACUGAUUGGAGUGUUGGUAAGCAUAUAUCUUGGCUGUGCUCAAUGCUGGUGUUUUUCUCUAUGCUACUACGUUCUACUAUAAAGCUUUUGGGAUUGUUAAGAUUUAAUUGUAGCAAUAUUAGUGGAUUCUAUUAUGGAGU